AUGGGCAAGCGUGUGCACUCGUCAAUCAAUACGGAAGGCCGAAACCCCCAGAGCACAUCCAUCCUGGUGCAGGGGGCCCCACCCAACCCACCAGGAUAA